AGCGAUUCAGUCUCAUUGAGACAACUGCGCGGAGAUCAACUUUAAUUCUCAGUACUGCCCAAGCGACGGUAAGGAAUGCAGCAAUCAAUUACACGACUCUUGAUUAUCGCCGUCGUUGUCCUCCUGCCGUCUCAAUCGGAAGCUUUCGCUCCCAAACUUGCUGUCAAUGGCAGCAUUUGCGAAGCGGCCGGCAAGGUUGGCCAGUGUGUGCUGGUAGCGGAUUAUCCGGAAUAUCGAUUAGCUUUCCAUAAACAACGUAAACAGCCCACUCCGGAGGGCGAGAAAUUUCUCAACGAUCACUACUGCGGAAAGUUGCCGGAUGGACGAGCCCUGGUUUGUAGACCGGUGCAUUUGAACGAACCGGAUUGUGGGUUGCAGCUGACGGAUCGAAUAGUCAAGGGAAAUCUAACCGAUCUGGACCAGUUCCCUUGGGUGGCGUUGUUCAAGUACACCAAACCGUACGGAAAAAUCGGAUUCGAUUGUGGUGGAUCGCUCAUCAGUCGAAGAUUCGUGCUGACAGCUGCCCAUUGCCUGGUGGGUCUGCGCAAUGGCUGGGAGGUUGUGGCAGUUCGACUCGGCGAGUGGGAUAUCGAAUCCGAUCCAGACUGUCCGCAAGAUUUUUGUGCGCCCUCGGUUCAGGAAUUUGGACUAGAGAAAAAGAUGGUACACGAACGCUUUACGGUGAAGAAUAUAAAUCGGGCCAACGAUAUAGCAUUGGUGAAGCUGGACCGGGAUGCCGUCUACAGUGAUCAUGUUGCGACGAUUUGUCUACCGGAACCCGGAUUAGUGGAUUCUAAGCGUUUGUAUCAGGGAGUGCAAUUUGUCGCCGGAUGGGGAUACACUGAUCAUGAAUCCGACCCAAACGCAAAAUUAGAGCCAAGCCGAUACAAGCUUUACACCAUACUGGAGAUUGCAGACCAGCAGAAGUGCAAAACUGCCUACGCCCGGAAUCAACGAGCGAACCUGGAUAACGGCCAAUACUGUACUACCGGAAAACGGGGCCAAGACACUUGUAACGGUGAUUCCGGUGGACCAUUGAUGAAGGAAAUCGCCGAACAGGGUCGGCACUAUCAGGUCGGUAUUGUAAGCUUCGGUCCCAGACGGUGCGGCUUAGGACUGCCGGGGGUCAACACUCGAAUCGAGCCCUACUAUCGGUGGAUUGUGCGGAAGGUUUUGGAAUCACGCUGAUAUUACUAAUGAGUCCAUUACGGGUUUUGUAAAAUUCUCUUAAUAAAAAAGCAUCAUUUUUUUUUUCUGGCUGUAAUCCAUAAAG